AUGGCCAAGUGGCUCCGGGAGUACCUGGGCCGGGGGGCCCGGCGCUCCCCCCCGCGCCCGCCCCAGCCCGAUUACAGCGGUCCCGGUGGCCCCGGGAGCCCUCCCGGUGCUGCCCCCGGUGCUCUCCGCGGCCCCGCCGCCUCCCCGCGCCACCGCCUGGUGCGGGUGGGGGGCUCGGGGCCGGGGGGCGGCCCCCGCCGGCUGCAGCAGGGCCCGGGUGAGAGCGAAUACUCAGAGCCCUUCGAGGGCGAGCAGGACCCGGCACCCGAGAGCGGCUGCGACGAGGAGCCCACAGGGUGCCCGCGGCAGGGCGAGGGCCGGCGGGUGCGGCCGCGCCGGGGUCCGCAGCUCUACGACACCCCGUGCGACGAGUGGGACACGGUUGGGGACAGCCCGGGGGUGGCCCCGACCCGCCAGAGUCGCCUCCCCCGCGACGACGAGAGACCGGCGGACGAGUACGACCAACCCUGGGAGUGGAAGAAGGAUCACAUCUCUCGGGCGUUCGCAGGGCACUUUGAGAGCCCCGAGCACUCGCCCAGCCUGUCCCCCUGUCCCCGUGGGUGGUACCACGGGGCCAUCGGGCGGGCGGGCGCUGAGACGCUGCUGGCGCUGUGCCGCGAGGGCUCCUUCCUGGUGCGGGACUGCGAGACCAGCCCGGAUGACUACUCGCUGUCCCUCAGGUGA